CUUUCUGUCAGAGCGACUCGUUUCGUCUCGUUUUGUCUCCAAAAAUGCCUGCCACGUCAGAAACACUCACAGCAGACGGGUUUCAGGAGGAGGAGAAGAAGUCUGCAGCGGCGGAAGAGAAGAAGGAGAAGAACUUCGGUGUUUUCUGUGAUGAACGAGGCUAUCUGGAUCAGAUCGAGUUCAUCAUGCAGCACGGCCGCCGGAAGGGGGACCGAACCGGGACCGGAGUCGUCUCUGUGUUCGGGGCUCAGUCCAGAUUCAGCCUGAGAGAUCAGUUCCCCCUGCUGACGACCAAGAAAGUGUUUUGGAGAGGAAUUCUUGAAGAAUUGCUGUGGUUUGUUAAGGGAUCAACAAAUGCCAAAGAGCUCUCCGAGAAAGGGGUGAAGAUUUGGGAAGCCAACGGGUCGCGGGACUUCCUGGACAACCUCGGGUUCAGAGAUCGAGAGGAAGGCGACCUGGGACCUGUGUACGGUUUCCAGUGGAGGCAUUUCGGUGCCGAGUACACAGACAUGCAUGCAGAUUACACGGGACAAGGAGUUGACCAGCUGCAGAAGAUCAUUGACACCAUCAAGAAGAACCCAGAGGACCGGCGGAUCAUCAUGUGUGCUUGGAACCCUAAAGACCUGCCCCUCAUGGCGCUGCCCCCCUGCCACGCCUUGUGUCAGUUCUACGUGUGCGACGGCGAGCUGUCGUGUCAGCUGUACCAGCGCUCGGGCGAUAUGGGCCUCGGGGUGCCUUUCAAUAUCGCCAGCUACGCACUUCUCACCUACAUGAUCGCACACAUCACAGGACUCAAAGUCAGGCCGGGAGACUUUGUUCACACGCUGGGAGACGCUCACAUCUACGUCAACCACAUCGAAGCUCUCCAAGUACAGCUGCAGAGGGAGAUCCGGCCCUUCCCCAAGCUCAAGAUCCUGAGAAAAGUGGAGAGCAUCAACGACUUCCGUGCAGAAGACUUUGAGAUCUGCGACUACAACCCUCAUCCCGCCAUUAAGAUGCAGAUGGCUGUGUAAAGAUCACACUUUAAUGUUUUAUAUCUGCUGUAAAGUAUCUCUCAAGUAAGACAGCCCAUAUAUUUGAAAAGUUCAGUGCAACCAAAUCACAAAAGACGGUGAAGUGGUUUCAUUUAUUUCUGAUUGACACUUAAAGCCACACAAGUUCUUACAUACAAGUAUUUUCUUCUACUGUAAGUGUUAACAUGCCUGAUAUAAAAUGUUACAUUUCCUUCUACCCUUUUAAUAUCUAUUUGGAAAUAAAGAUUUUCCAUCUGA